AUGGAAAAGGGUCUCUUACAGAAGGACAGAGAAGAGGAAGAGGGUGGUUCAGGGAUAAUAACAUGGAGUUUGUUUCGACAAGAGAUGAAAAUGGUCGGUUAUCUAUCACUUCCUAUGGUUACUGUGACUCUGUCACAGUAUUUUCUACAAAUAAUAUCAAUGAUGAUGGUUGGUCACUUAGGAAAGCUUGCUCUCUCUAGCACAGCCAUUGCCAUAUCUCUUUGUGCUGUAUCUGGCUUCAGUGUCAUUUUUGGAAUGUCAUGUGCACUGGAAACUCAAUGUGGGCAAGCAUAUGGAGCACAGGAAUACAGAAAAUUUGGUGUUCAAAUUUACACUGCUAUGGUCGCUCUUACUUUAGCUUGUGUUCCUCUGACUAUUUUGUGGAUGAACUUGGGGAAGCUCCUUAUUUUACUUGGGCAAGACCCUUUGAUUUCACAAGAAGCUGGAAAAUUUGCUUUGUUCAUGAUCCCUGCUCUCUUUGCUUACGCACCACUUCACUCCUUGGUUCGAUUCUUUUUGAUGCAAAGUUUGAUCAGUCCCCUUGUCGUAAGUUCCUCCAUUACUGUUUGCUUCCAUGUGGCUCUAAGUUGGUUAAUGGUCUUUAAGUCUGGACUUGGUAACAUAGGAGCAGCCUUGUCUAUUGGUACUUCGUACUGGCUCAAUGUGAUAUUACUUGGAUUAUAUAUGAAAUUCUCUCCUGAUUGUGAGAAGACUCGAGUCCCAAUUUCAAUGGAACUAUUCCAUGGGAUUGGAGAAUUCAUCCGCUAUGCCAUUCCUUCAGCUGGAAUGAUUUGCCUUGAAUGGUGGUCAUUUGAGUUACUACUCUUGCUUUCUGGUCUUCUACCAAAUCCAGAGCUAGAAACUUCACUCUUAUCGAUAUGUACUAGAGUUUCAAAUGCAUUAGGAGCUGGAAAUUCACAAUCAGCACGAGUAUCAGUUUAUGCUGCCAUGACUCUUGCAGCCUCCGAGGCCAUUCUGAUCAGCUCAAUCCUUUUUGCUAGCAGGAAGGUUUUAGGUUAUGUAUUUAGCAAUGAACAGGACGUGGUGGAAUCUGUCACAGAUAUGACUCCUCUCUUAAUUCUUUCUGUUAUACUGGACUCCUUACAUGCUACCCUUUCAGGUAUUGCUAGAGGAUGCGGGUGGCAACACUUGGGAGCAUAUAUAAACCUUGGAGCCUAUUAUGUUUUUGGAAUUCCUAUUGGUGCCAUAUUGGGUUUCUGGGUACAAUUAAAAGGAAAAGGGUUGUGGAUUGGAAUACUGACUGGUGCCUUCUGUCAAACAGUAAUGCUAUCUCUCAUAACAGCAAGUACAAACUGGGAAAAACAGCAAAACACUGACAGAGAUUGCACAAUCUUACCAUCUAAGCUACGUGAGAGUGCUUAG